AAAGAUUUUUAAGCGUAGGCCACCCUGUCUAACUGUCAAAAAUGUUCAAUAAUAAACAAUGUUUUUCAACGCGGUAAUAUCGAAAAAUAUUCCAAAAUUAUGCACAAAUACAUUAUGGCGGCAAUAUCCAAUAAUAACAAGAAGCGCCACGACCACCAGCAAUACCGAAACAGUAGAUUUAGCUUAUUCGUCUUACGAAUUUACCGAUGACACUUCAUCGCUGCCACCGUUAGUAAUAUUACAUGGCUUAUUAGGUUCGAAAAAUAACUGGAACAGUAUGAGCAAAGCCAUUCAUAAAACCACAGGAAGAAAGGUGAUAAGUAUUGAUGCUCGAAACCAUGGCGACAGCAAACAUUCUCCCCAGCACACUUACCUUCACAUGGCACAUGACGUAAUAAAGCUAUUGAAAAAGUUAGAAAUAUCAAAAGUAUCCGUACUAGGCCAUAGUAUGGGAGGCCGCACUGCUAUGGUGCUGUCUCUGCUCUGUUCUGACUUAGUGUCAAGUCUAAUUGUGGUUGAUAUAUCACCAGUUAAAACAAGUCCUCAGAUAUUCUCAAUGGCUAACCUAUUUGAUGCUAUGGUGGCUGUGUCUAUUAGAUCAGGCAUUGCAAUGUCUAAGGCAAGGAAACUAGCUGAUGAACAGUUAAAACCGGUUAUACCUGAUGUCAAUUUAAGAAAUUUUUUAAUUACUAAUUUGGUACAAACAAACAAUGGUUCCUAUGCAUGGCGAGUCAAUAUACCGGCAUUAAAAGAAAAUUUUCAGCAGAGUAUCGCUACUUUUCCAGCAAGUCUGAAGGGUUUACAAUAUGCUGGCCCCACUCUGUUUAUAGGAGGAUCUCUCUCAGAUUAUAUUGGAAAAAGUGAUCUGCCAGAAAUACAAGAGUACUUUCCCUUAGCAGAUCUAAUUUUUAUCGAGGGCGCCGGACACUGGGUGCACAGUCAGAAACCUGAGCAAUUUCUUGAAAUUGUAUGUAAAUUUCUUAGAGAAAAAUAAUGUUGACAAGCUUAGGCGCUUUUUAUUAGAUAAACCUCGGUUUGUUAUCAAAUAUAUCGUUUCAUUGUUA